AUGGCCUCAGAAGCAGCAUCUCAUAUUUCUGUCGGGGCUCUUAGUGCCAUAUUUGAUGACACAAAAGCUCAACCCCUCGAACCUAUUGUUCAAUGUGUGCAAAUCAAGCCUCUACCACCCCAACAAAACCAGCAAGAGCGCUACAGGGCUGUAUUUAGCGACAUUUCCAACUAUGUCCAAACAAUGCUUGCUACUCAAAACAAUCAUCUGGUUACCAACGGUUUACUUCGAAAGGGAUGCUUCGUUCGCCUGAAAUCUUUCCAAGCGAACUUGGUCAAGGGAAAAAAAAUCCUCAUAAUCCUGGACCUUGAAGUUCUGCAAGAGCUCGGUGAAUUUGAAAAAAUCGGAGAACCAAAAGCCUUGGAAAACAAGGCUGAGGAGGAUGAGAAAUCCCAGCCGACCACUAUCUCUGGAAAUGGAUUCUAUGGCUCCAAGUUACAAGGACAGCAGAUGCAAGCGCAUAACCGAACACCGUCAACGCGACCCAUCGCGCCCGCAUCGUCCCAUGCUACCAUAUACCCGAUUGAAGCUAUAUCCCCGUACAAUCAUAAGUGGACAAUCAAAGCGCGCUGCACAAGCAAGUCGAAUAUAAAGACCUGGCAUAACCGGAAUGGAGAAGGCAAGCUGUUCAGUGUUAAUUUGCUUGAUGACAGUGGUGAAAUUCGUGCAACUGGAUUCAAUCAACAAUGUGAAAUGCUGUAUGAUGUUUUCCAAGAGGGAAAUGUCUACUACAUUUCUAGUCCUUGCCGUGUGCAAAUUGCUAAAAAACAAUUUACCAAUCUGAACAAUGAUUAUGAACUCACGUUCGAAAAAGAUACGAUCGUCGAAAAGGCUGAGGACCAGAGCGAUGUGCCCCAAAUUCGGUUCAAUUUUUCGGCCAUAGGCGAACUCCAGUCCGUCGAAAAAGACACAACCAUUGACGUUAUAGGCGUGCUUAAAGAGGUUGGAGAGGCAUCUCAAAUCGUCUCUAAAACCACAAGCAAGCCGUAUGACAAGCGUGAAUUGACUUUGGUCGACACCACUGGAUUCUCUGUGCGCUUGACUGUCUGGGGCUCUACAGCAACAGGUUUCAAUGUGAUGCCUGAAUCAGUGGUUGCGUUCAAAGGUGUAAAAGUAUCUGACUUCGGCGGUAGAAGUCUGAGCUUGUUGAGUUCUGGCACCAUGACCGUUGACCCCGACAUUUCUGAAGCACAUAAACUAAAGGGCUGGUACGAUGCACAAGGCAGAGAUGAAGCGUUUGUCUCGCAUGCAUCCAUGUCCAAUGCGACAACUUCAGCAAAACCUGAUCGAUUUAAGACGAUUGCCCAAGUUCGUGAGGAGCAAUUGGGGAUGUCGGAAAAUCCCGAUUAUUUUUCUUUGAAAGCAACUAUCAUCUAUAUCAAGAAGGAGAACGUCUGCUACCCUGCUUGCCUCUCAGAGAGAUGCAAUAAAAAAGUGACGGAACUUGAUCCUGGUCAGUGGCGGUGUGAGCAUUGUGACAAGACUCAUCCACGCCCUGAGUAUCGCUAUAUCAUGCUUAUUAGCGUUAGCGACCAUACUGGCCAACUCUAUCUAAGCUGCUUCGAUGAUGUCGGCAAAGCAAUAAUGGGAACUUCUGCGGACAAUUUGAUGGAAAUUCGACAGAAUGACGACAAGGCGGACGGGGACUUAUUCCAGGAUGCUAAUUGCCGAACUUGGAACUUCAGGUGUCGCGCCAAAAUAGAUCAUUUUGGUGAUCAACAACGUGUUCGUUAUCAGGUAUCUUCGGCCCAGCCUAUCAAUUAUUCUGAUGAGGCUUCACGGCUCGCAGGAUUGAUUGACUCAUAUGGUCUCGAUUGA